CCCGCAACCACUGGACCUGUUUCUUUUGGAAGCCAGACAAGAUCAUAUUGCCCCAAAUUGAAAGCUUUAGCAAAAGACAUUAGAGAAGAACAUAAUCUUUUUUCUCAAUUUACUCAUUCAUACGUCACAACUACAUCUUCUUAUCAUUAAUUUUUUUCCUUUUUUCCUCUGUUCGGUUGCUUCUUCCUCUUUGAUGUAAACGUGGCAUGGAAUGCGUAGAAAGCUGAAAUUGGAUAUGACAAACAUCUCAGUUCAUUAUAUUAGCAAAUUUGUGCAAGUCUCUGGCAUGUCAGUUACGACAUGGAUGAACUUCCAGGGGCUUUGGGUUCUAGUGGUAGCUUGGCUUUGAGAUUAGGACAGGCUAUCUUCUCUGUUGCUUCACUUCUUUUCAUGUGUUUCGAUAUCCCUUUCUAUAGCUACACUGCUUUCUGCUUUUUGGUGACAGUAAUGGGUUUGCUUAUGGCGUGGAGCUUGACACUAGCAAUGGUGGAUGCAUUCUCAGUUCUUAUUAAACUCCCAACUCGUCUGCCUGGAAUAAUGUCACUUGUUGUAUUAGGAGAUUGGGUCCUGUCAUUUCUAGCACUAGCUGCAUCAUGUUCAACAGCUAGUGUGGCUGACUUUCUUAUUCAUUCUAGAAGCUCAUUCUGCGAGGGAACUUUAUGCACCCGUUACCAACUCUCCGCUACCAUGGCUUUCUUGGCUUGGUUUCUGACAUUUUCGUCGUCCCUCUUCAAUCUUUGGCUUCUUCCCAGCUUAAACGUAUAGUACUUAUAUCUCUCUGGUGCAAUGUGAUAUCCGGAAUAACCCGGAGGUAAUUUGUAUAUGGCACAACUUCCGUAUAGUCUCUUGGAGUUGAUGAUAUAUAGUUAAUUGUAGAUGAAGCAUAAAGUUCAGAAUAAAAGAUGUAAUACCAGUGAUCCAUUGCUGGACUAAAUGUACAAAAUCUACUUUCAUCCUUGUUGCGUUAACUCGUCAAUUAUAUGGUGAAGGGAGUUUAAAUUAAAGUUU